CCCUGCUUACCGAGAGCACAGUCUGACAAAAACAAGGAAAUAUCCGGGAAGCGAACAGGAACUUAAAGCGCACAUUCAGAACCAGCGGCGAUAAAAACACGACUUAAACACGGUCUAAAUCCAGCACAGCUCCUACAGAGAAACAUGAAUAAUAAAGGUUCAUAUCCACAGCAAGCUGUGUAUCCUCAGCAGAGUACAGCACCUAUUUACCCUCCUGCUAUGCAAGUGCCUCAACCUCCCCAGGCACCCCCUUACUCAGAUGCCCCUCCUGCCUAUUCUGAGAUCUACCAGCCAAGGUAUAUGCACGCACCCCAGGCUGCUGGUCAGCUACCUCCAAUGACCACUGCAUACCCUGCCACUCAGAUGUAUGUGCCCAUGCCACAGUCUGUGCAAGUUGGGGCAAUGGCCCCUAAUGUGCCAAUGGCGUACUAUCCCAUGGGACCUAUGUAUCCUCCAGGUUCCACAGUCUUGCUAGACGGUGGGUUUGAUGCCGGAGCACGGUUUGGUCAUGGCACCGCUGCUUCCAUUCCUCCCCCUCCUCCUGGACACGCCCCAAAUGCAGCACAGCUGGCAGCCAUGCAGGGUGCAAACGUGAUGAUGACCCAACGCAAAAACAACUUCUUUCUGGGUGGCUCCGGCGGAGGGUACACUAUCUGGUAACAGUGAGAAGGACCUCCUUGGGCCGCGGGGCCUUUCCUCUCUGGUUCCCUCUCCCCUGGGGCAGCUUGGCUAUGCCAUGAUACUGAUACAACCUAAUGGAAUGUAAUGUUUUAGAAUGCCUAAUAAUGGUACAGUACUCCACUGUUGAUCAACUGUAUUUCAGUUCCAAAAACGCAUGAAGCCUUGCAGGUUCAGACAAACUGUAAGGCUUAUAGAGCACGCCGUGUUUAGAGAAUUGAAAGCACUUUCUGCACAAUUCAUUGUCGAGCUCCUUCAUUGUUGUUGUUUUUAACGCAUUUCUCCUUCAAUUAGUUCGAUAUUCAUUCAUAUGCUAGAUUAAUACAUUCAGGAAUGUUUCAUGUCUGACCGAUUGAUUUGAUUAUUUUAUUUUAAUCUCCUACAACAAAAUUCGCUAGCCAUUUUUUUUUUUCAACUGUUCAACUGUCCCAUCAGUGUGUGUUGAAGCUUUCAUGAAAGUAGCUAUGCACUACCCACACAGUAGUUUUAUUACACCUUUAAUCCAUUCAGGCUUCCGGUAUUCCGGUUUGAUCUUACACAGUUCACAUUGAUGCAACAUUGAUGCAGUCUCCUCAAAUUGUGCACCACUUAGUAGAAUAAUGUGUUUACAAAAACUCCCAUCACAGCCGAGUACUGUACCUUUCGGGCAAGAGUAGAUAAAUAUAAAUCCGGUGCCAAAUUAUACUGGGCACUGUUAAUUUAACAUUUACAGACAAAAAAAAAAGAAGAAGAAGAAUGCAGUAAAAAGAAAGCCCUCAUAUUCGGUUCAGAACGUUGGUUGGCUUUUUAAUUGUUCUUUUCCCCUCAUCUUGUCGGAUACCCAGAGCUGUAUAUAAUGCAGUGUUUAAUUUUAGUUUAGUGAAAUGUCAGACAAUUUCCUUUUCACGAGAGUGUGCGUAAGUGCGCGCGUGCGUGUGUGUGUAUGUGUAUGUGUGUGUUAGUUUGCGUGUGCGUGCGUGCGUGUAUGUGCUUCUCACACAGUUUUCUUUUAGUGUUGUCCUCAAAGUUAGAAUUAUUUAGAGAUCAGGGCUUAAUCAAGACUUUUCUUUUCAGUACUUUUCAGCACAUCGAGCAGGUUUUCUUUUUCCUAGUGAGCAUUAUAAAUGUAUAACCAAGGAGCUGGUUGUACCAAAGAUCUGGACUAGAAUGCACUAAAAGCUUUUGCUGUGACUUGAAAGUCAUCUUCUCUCAAUAAUUCUGCACAUACGAUAAAUUACUAAUAAAAGAUAAACAUAUCAAAAUUAGGGGACGGUGAUUGUUUUGUAGGCUCAUACCGCCUACUAAAGCACACCACUGCUCUGACUGUCUUUUGUAGUGGGGUGUGUUUAAAGUGUAUCUAGCAUAAUUGCAUCUUGAUGUUUUUUGCAUGCCUUUUUGCACUUUUAUUCAAUAUUUUGUUUUUAAUAAAGAUCUAUCAUUGUUAAAUUUUUAGAAAUACUACAAAUAUUAAUUUAUGUGCACUGUCAACCAACUCUGAAAUGUUAGAAUUUUUGCAACUUGUUUUUUGUACAAAUGCUUUAUAAAUGCAAAUACAGUGUCAGUCAUUCAAUUUUGCUGUGUGGAUGGUUUUUCAAAGGCAUUUCAUUACAUAUUGUUUUUUUUUUUGUAGUUUUUUUUUGAGGAGAUAAUGUUCAGUUGCCCAGUUUGCCUUUUUGUUUUCUUGUAGUUUUCACAUUUAAUGUUUCAGUGGUUCAUUAUUAGAUUGAUUCCAUUAAUACACCAGCAGUUGUUUUCACAUAUUCGUGUUAGAAUCAUCUUGUCUUUCUCUUUUGAUUUCAGCUCUGAUGAAGUGAAACUUCAACCCAUUGCCUCUAUAAUAACAAUACUAUAAAGCCUUGCAUCAGUAGAGUAGAACUAGAUUUGUUUACCAAACAAAACAGUUGAGCAGCUCCUAGUAAUCAGAUCAUCCUCGCUUCUACUGUACUCAUGUAACCUCUGUUCAUUCAGCUUCUUCCUCAUGCAGGCCACGCCGUUUUUUGUACAGUAAACACGGUUUUCAUUUCAAA